AUGGCCACUAUGACAAAAGAAACAUUUCCCACUGGAAAUCCAGCCCAAUGGUGGGACAAGCAAUCUGUUGAGCAAGACGGCAAAAGCUACUGGGUCACCGUCAAAACUUAUUACAGCGUCAACAGGCAAAUCACCACCGAGGAACAGAAAGCCCAGCGAGACUGGCAAAGAAGAGCACCGGAACAAAUCAUGAGUGAAAGUACCAAGGGAGUUCAAAACCAGUGGCCAACUAUCCACGACAAGGUUGAGGUCAACAAUGGUGUCGGAUUUGAGAAGUUCAGGAACUAG